UUGCCCGAGGUGAUAGUUGGUAGCGGCUGAGCCAGGAUUUCAACCCGCGUGUUCUGGGUCUGGAGUCCAUGCUCUUGACACUGCCCAGGGUUGUACUCUGCCAAGUCUAGAGGGUCGGGAUUGGAAGGGACAGUUUCCCGGUCUGAAUCCAGGCCUUGUGUCCUCGCAUAACUAUCUGUUAUUAUGUGUCUGUUUCCGUGUAUUAUUUGUCUGGUCUGACUUCCCUAUUUGGCUGUGAGCUCCAAGAGAGGAGGGAUAUUAUUUCUUCUUGAUACAUCUAUAUCCCCACUGCCUAGCACAUGGUAGGUGCUCUGGCCGUUCCUACCAGAUGAAUGGGUGAAGGCCGGGUCUCCUGUUAUAUAGUAGACGGCCUUGCAAGAUGACAGUAUCACAAAUGGAAAAGCUGUGAUUAGAACGUCAUUGUCCUAUAUCCCAGCCCAGUGCUCCUUCCCCCACAUCAUGCUGCCACCCUUCGUAGAGGCUUAUUUGGAAGCAAAAGAAUGGAAAAUAAGACAUUUUGUCAACCCAGUCUCAGUGCUCACUCUGUCAACCCAGCCUUGCCCUCCUCUCACCAAUGCUGGCUUAAAAGAUCAAGAAACAACUUCUAUGGUGUCAUAUCCUGUCAGUCCAUCUACAGCUAAGUAUUCCUGCUUUGCACUCCCACUGUUGCUCUCUCAUUCAGGCUCUUACUACCUGUUGCCAGACAGCUGCCUUGACCUCCUUAAGUGCUGCCCUUCCUCUUCAUCAGAUGUGGGCUCCUAGAGAGCAGGUUCAUUUGUUACAUCUCCAUAGUGCCUGGCGUGGUUGGGGUUUUUGUAUGAUGUAGAAACUUACAACAUUUUUAAAUUAAUUCAAUGACAGUCCUUAAGUAUAAGAUUUGAGGAUUGUGGUUUUUUAAAUCUUAAAUCAGGUCUUCAGUUUGUAUUGCUUCUAUCUUCUUAGUUGGAACAACAUUCUAUUCUUUCAUCUGUGUGGGAAGAUGAAACUAUUGACCUAUUAAUAAGACUUAUAUUUUACUGUUUUUCUGGAAGUGGAAUGUCUGGUUUCUUCUUCAUACACCACAUGUUUAAUGAUUACAUACCAGGUACUGGUGUUUACGUCUUUCUCUGACUUAUUGCAAAGAGUCAAGCUGACUAUGGGAAAUACGUACUAGGGAUGUCUUAUAGGCAUUUCAAACUCAUGUCUGAUUUUUGAAUCAUUACCUUUUCCCUCCAAAUUGGUUCUUCCCUCUGUAUUCAUGAUUUGAGUCAGUGGUGCUGAUUCACCUAGUCAAUCAAGCAAGCCCAAACCUAGAGAGAUAUAUUGAAGGAAUCAGGUUUAGUCUUGAUCUUUAAGUUGAACACAAUCUGGGAAGGUGAGUGCAAAACACACACAACAAAUUUAUCUAGUAUAAUAACUUACAAUAGAUGUAUGCAUAAGGAAUGGUGUAUGUAAAGGGUGACUUGUUCUCUCUGAGUGGGACAGAGAAGAUUAUCCAUAAAGGCAAUGUUUGUUCAUGCUGUUCCAUCAAAAUAGCUUAAAGGCACAGUGGGCUGUGAGACUGACUAGGUGGACUGAGAGGGAGUUGUAGUAAGUCCAUGGCUGGACAAGGAAUGUGGGCUUUUUCAGUCGGCAUUGAAUGAGACUGUAAAGGGUUUUCUAAAUAGGUGGGAGACAUAAUUAGAUUUGUACUUUAGAAAUCAUAGUAGUACAGAGUAUAGAUCAGUAGGACAGCUUGAAGUUUUAUUUCAGUCCUAUAAGCUUAGUGGAGGGCCUCUGUAGGUCCCAGGUGCUUUAUUGGGCAUAUGGAUAUGGAGAUGAAUGAUAUACUGUCCCAGUCCUUGAGGAGCUUAUAACCUAGCUGUGGAGACAGACAUAAGCCGACAAUUUUAUUAUAAUGUGAUAAGUGCUGUGAUAGAGGUAUAUUCAAGGUGCUAUGGAAGCCUAGAAAAGGAUACUCAGCUAGAACUUAAGAGGUUUCCUAGAGGAAAUGGUCCCUGAGCUGUCUCAAAGGAUGAGUAGGCAUUAACCAGCUAGGAAGGAGAGGACAGGCUCUUCUGGAGAUGCUUCUCAGAUUUGGGCUUGCUUAACUGACUGAGUGGAUCACAGUGCCACUAACUCAGAUCGGGAGUACAGCUGGAAGAGCCAAUUUGGAGGGCAAAGAUAAUGAAUCCCAAUUUGGAUAUGAGUUUGAGAUGCCUGUAGGACAUUCCUAGUAGUAGACAGUCCCCUCAGUCAACCUGAGUCUUUGCAGUAGUCAGGGUGACUUAACUAUUGCCUGAAUUAAGGGUAAUGCGAGGAUGAUGAAGAGAGAAUGUGAGAACCGAUUCAGAAGCCAUACAAGAGGCAAAAGAGGACUUGGCAUCCAAUUAUGUGUUGUACUAAAGAGAAAGGUGUAAUUGGUUGUGACCUGUUUAUCUUUCAUUGGAUCCCUAGAGUAAUCAAGCCAUAUACUGAGCAGCUUUCCAGGAAGUAGGCACACUUUCUGUGUGUAGGCAAUAUUCGGAAAUGUUUUACAUGUAUUAAUUGAUUUCAUCCUCACAGCAGUGCUGUCAGUUAUGUUCAUUUUAUAGAUAAGGAAGCCAGGGUACAGAGUAACUUGCCAAAAUUACACAGCAGAAAGUAGGAGAGCAGGAUUUGAAUCAAAACAAUUUAGUUCUAGAGUCUGCUCUUUUAAGUACUGCACACAGUAUUCUCCUUGUGAGUGGAGGUAACUUGGUAAAGGAAUACAUUUUUUUUGUUUUGUUUUUCUUUUAUUUAUUUGAGAGAGAGUGUGCAAGAAAGAUCACAUAAGCACAUGAGCAGAGGUUGGGGGGGUGUGGGGCAGGGGCAGAGGGAGAAGGAGAGGCAAGCUGACAAUGCGGAGCUCUCUCCCAGGACCCUGGGAUCAUGACCUGAGCCAAAGGCAGACAGAUGCUUAACCAACUGAGCCACCCAGGCACCCCAAGAAAUACAUGUUUUAUGAUCUAUAAAAAGAGCUCCUUUUCAACUUUUGACUUCUGCAACAGAAGAAUAUGAUUUUUGUUAUAUGUUGUUCUGUAUUUUUCAUUCUGUAGCAACAUUUAUUAUCCCACUUUAAUAAGUGGACAGUGCUCCUCAGUGUCCAAAUAAGUGUUCAUAUUGCAACAGAUAUUAUAUUUUAUGCACUUGCAUUCUUAGGGAUGUCUUAUUAUUAUCCUUUGUGAAUUUGGACUUAUGUGCAAAAGGGAAAAGAGAUAAGGGCCAAUGGAGAAUAGUAACACAGAAAUGGUACAGAGCCUUUGUGCACCUUCUUGGUUGGGCAUAUGUAGUGGUGUCAGUUAAGAUUAUGAUUCAUAAAAAUUUAUUUUUAAUUUUUUACGCUUACGUCCUAAACAUUUUUUUAAGUUCAGUGUACCACACAUAAAGCUGAUUGGAGGUUAGAAAAUAUCCUAUUUUUUAUUAUUUCUAAAAAAAAUGAGAAGAAAUAAUACUGGAAAAAAGAUGUCCCAGACUAAGAAAAAGGAUUUAUUUGAGACGGCAUUUAGCAUAUUUUCAGGUUAUCUUGUAUUUGAUUUAGCACCUCCCCUUUUUUGCUGUGCAGCUGAAGUGUAGUUUAAAGUGUAGUAAAAACUAAAAAAAAAGUAAAAACUAACCAGGGCACCUGGGUGGCUCAGUCCGUUAAGCGUCUGCCUUCCCCUCCGGUCAUGAUCCCGGGGUCCUGGGAUCAAGCCCCACCUUGGGCUCCCUGCUUAGAGGGGAGCCUCCUUCUCCCUCUCCCUCUGCCCUCCCCCAACUCCUGUUCUCUCUCUGUCUCUGUCUCUCAAAUAAAGAAAUAAAAUCUUUAAGAAAAAGAAAUAAAAACUAGGCAUAUGCAAGCCAUAAAGGGAAUCUCAACAAAUCUCCAAAGAUUGAAAAUAUAUAAUACAUGUAACCUCUCCAUGUGGAAAUAAAUUCAGUAACAGAAAGAUAACUAGGAAAUCCCCAAACAUUUGAAAGUUAAAUAACACAUUUGAUACUUUGUAAACAUUUUAAAAAGACUAGUAAAAUAAAAAAAGUUCAGGGCAGACUGGUCAAAAAUGAAAGACAGAGGGCGCCUGAGUGGCUCAAUCGGUUAAGUGUGUGCCUUCGGCUCAGGUCAUGAUCCCAGGGUCCUGGGAUGGAGUCCUGCAUCGGGCUCCCUGCUUCUCCCUCUGCCUCUCUCUCUCUGUCUCUGAUGAAUAAAUAAAUAAAAUCUUUUUUUAAAAAUGAAAGAAAAUAUAAAUUACUAAUAGCAGGAAUGAAAAAUGACACAUCAGGGGCGCUUGGGUGGCUCAGUCCUUUAAGCGUCUGCCUUCGGCUCUGGUCAUGAUCCCAGGGUCCUGGGAUUCAGCCCUGCUUCCAGCUCCCUGCUAAGCGGGGUGUCUGCUUCUCCCUCUCCCUCUGUUCCUCCCCUCUGCUCAUGCACGCUCUCUCUCUCUCUGUCUCUCUCUCAAAUAAAUAAUCUUAAAAAAAGGGGGGGGGUGCGCCUGGGUGGCUCAGUCGGUUACACAUCUGCCUUCAGCUCAGGUUGUGGUCCCUGGGCCUGGGAUCGAGCCCCACAUCGGGCUCCUUGCACAGUGGUGAGUCUGUUUCUCUCUCUCCCUCUGCCCCUCCACCUGCUCUCUCUCUCAAGUAAAUAGAUAAAAUCUUCAACAACAACAAAAAAGGACACAUUACAAUGAACCCUAAUCAACCAGUGGGUUGAAGAAGAAAUCACAGUGGAAAAUAGAAAAUAUUUUGAAGUGAAUGAUAAUGAAAAGAUGAGAUUUCAAACUUGCUUGUUAUGCUGCUUCUGCGAUUGGAUAUCUGACAGGCAGGCCAGGAGUAUGCCUUGUUGUUUCUGGCCCAGGUCUCAUCCACGCUUUGGGUGGUAUGGCAAAUGCAAACAUGAACUGUUGGCCCUUGAUUGUGAUUGGUGGUUCUUCUGAAAGAAGGCAGGAAAUGAUGGGAGCCUUCCAGGAGUUUCCACAGGUUGAAGCUUGUAGAUUAUAUAGCAAGUUCUCUGCCCGGCCGAGCAGCAUAGAAAAUAUUCCCUCUAUUAUCGAAAAGGCAGUGAGAAGCAGUAUUUAUGGUCGUCCAGGUCCUUGUUAUGUUGACAUACCUGCAGAUUUUGUGAACUUGCAAGUGAAUGUGAAUUCUGUAAAGUAUGUGGAGUGCUGCAUGCCACCUCCUGUUAGUAUGGCAGAAACCUCUGCUGUGUACAUGGCCGCAUCUGUUAUUAGAAAUGCCAGACAGCCCCUUCUUAUCAUCGGGAAAGGUGCUGCUUAUGCCCAUGCAGAGGAGGCCCUCAGGAAAUUGGUGGAGCAAUGUAAAUUGCCAUUUCUGCCCACCCCCAUGGGAAAGGGCGUUAUCCCUGAUAACCAUCCAAACUGUGUGGGUGCUGCCAGAUCCAGGGCUUUGCAGUUUGCUGAUGUAAUCGUAUUAUUUGGUGCCAGAUUAAAUUGGAUUUUGCACUUCGGACUGCCCCCAAGGUAUCAGCCAGAUGUGAAGUUUAUCCAGGUUGAUAUCUGUGCAGAAGAAUUGGGGAAUAAUGUAAAGCCUGCUGUGACUUUGCUAGGAGACAUAAAUGCUAUCGCUAAACAGCUUUUAGAACAGUUUGAUAAAACACCAUGGCAGUAUCCUCCAGAGAGCAGCUGGUGGCAAACUCUGAGAGAAAAAAUGAAGAUCAAUGAAGCUGCUUCCAAGGAAUUAGCUUCCCAAAAAUCCCUGCCUAUGAAUUAUUACACAGUAUUCUACCAUGUUCAAGAACAACUACCCAGAGACUGUUUUGUGGUAAGCGAAGGAGCAAAUACUAUGGAUAUUGGACGCACUGUGAUUCAGAACUACCUUCCUCGUCACAGGCUCGAUGCUGGUACUUUUGGAACAAUGGGAGUUGGUUUGGGAUUUGCCAUUGCAGCUGCUAUAGUGGCUAAAGAUAGAAACCCAGGGCAACGUGUCAUCUGUGUGGAGGGAGACAGUGCAUUUGGGUUUUCUGGCAUGGAGGUGGAAACCGUCUGCAGGUACAACUUGCCCAUUGUACUUUUGGUGGUGAAUAAUAAUGGAAUUUACCAAGGUUUUGAUGCAGAUUCUUGGAAGGAAAUGUUAAAAUUUGGAGAUGCUACUGCAGUGGCUCCUCCAUUCUGUCUUCUACCAAACUCACAUUAUGAGCAGGUUAUGACUGCAUUUGGAGGCAAAGGGUAUUUUGUACAAACACCAGAAGAACUCCAAAAAUCACUGAAGCAGAGCUUGGCAGACACAACUAAACCUUCUCUUAUCAAUAUCAUGAUUGAGCCGCAAGCCACACGGAAGACCCAGGAUUUUCACUGGCUGACCCGCUCUAAUAUAUAAAUAAAGAUGCCAGCGUUUGGUCUUGAGGAGUUUCUCUUUCUUGACACUUCCCUAGGCAAUGGGGAAGCGGUGCAUUCCUAUGAAGAAGUGCCAUAUGACUGAAACAAAUGAACUUAGAGUGAUUAGGAUAGCAUUUCAAAUGAAUGUAUUAAGAAAGUUGGAAACGAGUUAAAUUCCAGUUGGGAAAUAUGACCGAGAAACCCUGAUAAAACGGACUCUGCUGACUGAAAAGUGAAAGGUUACAGAAGAAGUCUGAAUCAUCUGUUGAUUUCUGGUUGCAUUUGCUGCUGCUAAUCUGAAUAAUGGAGUAAUGUAGAUAAAGGAAAUUGAAGAUCCUAUUAAUUCCUCCCAUGGAUAAGAUGCAAAUAAAAGUAUACCUUGCUUGGGUUCAGAUCUGACAA